AUGCUAACAAAUUAUCUCCCCUCUCUCUCUCUUCCAGAUGAGGUUCGUACAGGCACAUACAGCCAGCUUUUCCACCCCGAGUGGCUGAUCUCAGGAAAGGAGGAUGCUGCCAACAACUACGCCCGUGGUCACCACACCGUCGGAAACGAGCACAUUGACUCUGUCCUCGAGAAGAUCCGCAGAGUGUCUGACAAUUGCUUUGGACUACAAGGUUUCCUGGUCUUCCACUCCUUUGGAGGAGGAACCGGCUCUGGCUUCACCUCUCUGCUGAUGGAGCGACUCUCAGUAGACUUUGGCAAGAAGUCCAAGCUGGAGUUUGCCAUCUACCCAGCUCCUCAGGUGUCUACAGCCGUGGUGGAGCCCUACAAUGCCAUCUUGACUACCCACACCACCCUGGAGCACUCCGAUUGUGCCUUCAUGGUGGACAACGAGGCCAUCUAUGACAUCUGCCGCAGGAACCUGGACAUUGAGCGCCCGUCUUACACCAACCUGAAUCGCCUCAUCAGCCAGAUCGUCUCCUCCAUCACCGCCUCUUUGCGCUUUGAUGGCGCCUUGAACGUGGACCUGACUGAGUUCCAGACCAACUUGGUGCCCUACCCUCGUAUCCACUUCCCUCUUGCCACCCACGCCUCAGUAAUCUCCGCAGAGAAGGCUUACCAUGAGCAGCUCACUGUGGCUGACAUCACCAACUCCUGUUUCGAGCCAGCCAAUCAGAUGGUGAAAUGUGACCCGCGUCACGGCAAGUACAUGGCCUGCUGCCUCCUGUACCGUGGUGAUGUGGUGUCCAAAGACGUCAACGUGGCUAUCAGCAAUAUGAAAACCAAGCGCAGCAUCCAGUUUGUGGACUGGUGUCCCACCGGCUUCAAGGUGGGAAUCAACUACCAGCCUCCCACUGUGGUUCCUGGAGGAGACCUGGCCAAGGUGCAAAGGGCCGUGUGCAUGCAGAGCAACACCACCGCCAUCGCAGAGGCCUGGGCUCGACUUGACCAUAAGUUUGACCUGAUGUACGCCAAGAGGGCCUUCGUCCACUGGUACGUCGGAGAGGGGAUGGAGGAGGGCGAGUUCUCUGAGGCCAGAGAGGACAUGGCCGCCCUGGAGAAAGAUUACGAAGAGGUUGGCGUUGACUCGUAUGAAGAAAAUGAAGAUGGGGAGGAGUAUUAAAGUUCUCUCAGAUUGCAACAGUUUU